AUGGCUUCCAAUCUUUACCGAACAAAAGCUUUCCUCCAGGUUCCCCGAUGUGUACCAGCAUUGAUAGCUCGAACACAAUCGUCUCAAUCUGCGCCCUCGGCUGGCAAAGGUAUACCGACAUCAGGUAACUUUAAUUCAGCUAUUCCUUCUCCGACUAAUCCAACUGGUCCUAAUAAACCAGUACCACCAUAUGGUAGUGGUACUUCUUCUAACAAUCCAUCAUUUAUGCAAACACCUGUGGGACAGUUCGGUGCCAUAGCUGUACUUUCAGUUGCUGCUUAUGCUGGUUAUAAAAUGAUAAGUGGUGGUAGCGACGAUUCGAAAGACAAAAAGGAUAAAAAAGAUGGUAAAGGUGAGGACAAAGGCCAGAAAGAUGCUAAAGGUGAGGACAAAGGCCAGAAAGAUGCUAAAGGUGAAGGCAAAGGCGAAAAAGAUGCUACAGUUAGCAAUGAUCAGCCAAGUCAAAAAGGUGCCCAGAAGGAGACUAAAGGUGGUGACGAUAAACAAGACAAGAAGGGUGCUCAAAAAGACGCUAAAGGUGGUGAUGAUCAACAAGAACAGAAGGGCAGCCAGAAAGACGCCAAAGGUGGUCAGAAAGAUGCUAAAGGUGGCGAAGAUAAGCAAGAUAAAAAAGGUGGUGAUGAUCAACAAGGACAGAAGGGCAGCCAGAAAGACGCCAAAGAUGGUCAGAAAGAUGGCAAAGGUGGUGAUGAUCAACAAGGACAGAAGGGCAGUCAGAAAGACGCCAAAGGUGGUCAGAAAGAUGGCAAAGGUGGUGAUGAUAAACAAGACAAGAAGGAUGGGCAGGAAGACGCUAAAGAUGGUGGUGAUAAAGGACAAAAGGGUGGUGAUGACCAACAGAAUAAAAAAGGCGAUCAGAAAGGUCAAAAAGAUGCGAAGAACAAUGAUCAAAACAAGAAAGGCGGUGCUGAUAAACAAGGAGAAAGUGACAAAGAUACCAAAGGCAAAAAAUAA